UUAUGUCACAAAUUAAUUAAAAAGGUCCAGUUUGACAUGCAAAUGUAGUCUAAAUUUGAAAGUAUACAGUUAAACACGUAUUUAUUUCGAUUUAUCGAUACAAAAUUCUUGUGAUUUAAAACACUUAGCUUCACAAUAAAAAAUGCGUCCAGAAAAAAUGGACGAUAGGUCCUGUCCAUUACCAUCGUCACUUUUAACACCUGAAGAAAGAAUAGCCAGUCGUUACGACAAUUUUUACAACGGCUACAACAUAAUCAGUCGACCCAAAACACCAACCACAUCAUCUUCUCAAGAUCCUAACCGCGAUAAGGGUCAGACUGUUGAUGGACAAAAGCCCACAUGUGAAAAUUAUAAGCCACAAAGGAACAAAGGAGAAAAAUCAGAAAAGCCUCCCUUCAGUAUCGACAUUCCCGUAGCUCUGCCACCAGGCAUAAAACCCUGCGAUAUGAAACUGGUCCCUCCGAAUCCUUGUUGUGAGCAUGGAAAUUGGACAGUAAAAAUUUUUCCUUGCCCGAUACAAAUGGGAACAUCAAAGGUAAAUAAAGAGGAUGCAAACGAUGGUGUUUGUAAAGUUGGCUGUAAGCUUUGGAAGUCUAAAGAGGCACCCUGUCUCUACGAUGACCCCUGUCGGGCACAUUGCUAUAAUCAUCCCCCAGGAAUAAAACCUUCUGGGCGCUUUCCUUAAAUAAAUUAAAUUCCUUCUUGCCAGAACGUCUUUUUGUAGACAAAUUUUUAAUUUUAAUAAAUAAUUUUCUCAUGUAGGAUUAAAUAAGUAUAUCAAAGUAAUUAAUGUGA